UGCUUAUUUAGUGAUCGCACUAUUCGUGCAGCAUUCGUUCGAAAGGUGUUCUUCAUGGUUGGUGUAUUUUUUGCUGUAUAUAUAACAUUGAUGUGCUGCGAAUCUGUGAGGCGCUCAUUUCCGGCCAACAUCAUAAUGACUGCAAUUUUUACCCUUGCUGUUGGUUACAUGACGAUGAUGAUCACUGUGCAUCACAACGUAGUCUCAGUACUUCUAACACUCAUCAUCUGUACCAUCUGCUGUGGAUCGAUAAUUAUCUUCUCAACGCAGACGAAAUAUGACCUGACUAACAUGAUGGGCAUAAUGUUUAUUCUGUCCAUGUGUUUGAUGGUAUUUGGAUUGGUGGCGAUGAUCUCGGCUAUCUUCUUCCAAGUGAGGUUCAUCUACAUGGUUUACGCGGCGCUGGCAUCAUUGCUGUUUAUGUUCUACCUCGCCAUUGAUGUGCAAAUGUUAAUGGGUGGUCGCAAGUACGAAAUUUCACCAGAAGACCACAUUUUCGCAUCUAUCCAGAUCUUUCUGGAUAUCGUCUACAUUUUCUGGAUGCUCUUAUCGUUAUUCGGAUUUAACAAGUAA